AUGAUGGCCGCAUCCAAUGGAACUGGUCAAGAACUAGCUACCACUCUAUCAAAGUCUACAAUCUCCGGCGGCUCAGACGCAAUUCAAAUCUUUCAACUCGUCCACCGACUCAACAUUCUCGCCAAAUGGUUCAACAAUGACCUCGACAAAGCUAAAGCCGCUCUGCAAGGCCGUUGUGUUCUAGAACUUGGCUGUGGUCAAGGCGACAUGACUGUUGCUUUGGCACAUCUCGUACAAAAUCAACUCCACGACGAGGACAGUGAACACCACGACAAUGUCGCGAAAGGCAAGAUCUUAGCCCUCGAUCCUGGAGACUUAGACUACGGUGCUCCAUAUACCCUUCGUCAAGCGCAAAAGCACAUUUCGGACAGUGCCAGCGGUCUUGGAAAAUGUAUCAAUUGGAUACAAUAUGAUCCAAUCGAAUACCUCGAAAAUCUUGAUACUCAGAACGAGGGGACCAGCACGGCAGAUGGAUUACCUGACUUCAUCAUCCUCGCACAUUCAAUCUUCUACCUCCCGAACGAAGAUUACUUCUCACGCCUCCUGCGAGCUCUUCACAACGCCGCAGCACAAUCACAAACUCAGAACAAAAACGGAGAUCCUCCUCGCCUUUUGCUCGCAGAAUGGGGGCUGAGAGUCACGAAUCCUGCGGCAGAAGCACAUGUCCUUGCGGUUGAGAUCCAGAAGGCGAGACCGAUUGAGGAGGGGAAUGUGCAAUGUGUUAUUUCACCAGCGAGGAUCGUGGAGUUGGCUAAGGAAGCGGGCUGGAGGAUUGAACGAGAGGCAUGGAUUGAAUGUCCGCAGGUUGACGAUGGGAAGUGGGAAGUUGGGGCUGUGAAAGCUGAUACCAAGUUAGAUGGACUCCACGAGGAUAGCGAGAUUAAGAGGAAAUAUCAGAGGAUGUUGGAGUUGAGUGAGAAAGAAGGAGAGGUGAGGAGCAUGGAUGUUUGGACUGGUGUGUUUGGGCUGGAAUGA